AUGAGCAGCGGUGAGCCCAUUCAGAUUGAGCCUGACAACUUCUGUGAGGGAAUAAUAAUCGGCGGUGGAACGUGCGGAUUAGCCGUGGCCUCACGGUUGUGCGAAAACCAUCCUGGUUCAUUAUUCACCGAGGAUGAACACCAGCGUUUCCAUUGGUUAAAGCAACGCGGUCACAAGACAAACAAAGUGAAAAGCAAUCAAAGGUUCGACUACAACAAGUUUUUACCAAAGGAUUUAUUGGUUAUUGACUCGAGGGGAGACAAGUUCAUGUCUCAAUGGAAAGCCCAAUUUGAGGCCUGUCAGAUUCCGUACUUACGAUCUCCAAUGUUUUUCCAUGUUGACCCUAGUGACAUCGAUGGUAUGAUUAGUUAUGCCCAUAUCAACCAAAGAGAGAAUGAAUUGAUGGAGAUUACCAAUGUUGUGGGGAAAGAGUUUUCCAAACAUCAGCAAAAGCGUAUCAAACAGAAGUUGAAGCAAAAUGAGGGUAUUGUGGAUAUCAAUAUGCGUGAUUGGAAAGAUUACUAUCGGCCAUCGACAAAGUUAUUCCAUGAUUAUUGUGGUGAAGUUGUUGAAAGGUAUGGGUUGGCAAACAGUAUCGUCAAGGAUGAAGUCGUGGAUGUGGAAUAUAAGCUUAUUCAAUGUGGUGAAGACUCAGGCAAAGGUUUCAUUGUUCGCACAAGAUCGGGUAAGGUGUACGGAUGCAAAUUUGCAGUUGUUGCAAGUGGACACAGAGGGAAGAUAAAUUAUCCACUUCCAAUUUGUCCCAACCCACAAUAUCCGCAUGGCUCAUGCCACACAACACACUUGUUUUCAAAUGAAGUCAAGUUUCUUGGUCAGCAAUAUUUUACCAACCCCAGCCGUAAAAACAUUGUGAUUAUUGGUGGUGGUUUGACUCUGGCACAGUUAGCCCACGUAGCAUGUCAGGAUCCAUCUGUGGCUAACGUGUGUCUUGUGUUUCGCUCGAGAAUCAAGAUUAAACACUUUGAUUUUCAUCUUGACUGGGUAGCAAAGUACAAAAAUGUCAAGAAAUCGAGUUUUUACAAUUUGGAAACGAACGAGUUAAGGUAUGAAAUGACAAACGAUGCAAGGGAAGGUGGUUCUAUAAACCCAGAGUAUUAUAAGAAGUUGAAAACCCACGACAAGUCAGGCCGGUUGAAAUGGUUAAUAGAAACCCAGAUUGUGGAUCAAGUUUGGGAGGGGAAUGCUUGGAAUUUGCAGUUGAAAAACAAAAAGGGUGAAGCUAUUGCUUUGGAGAAAGUUGACUACAUUUACUACGCCACGGGUGUUCAGGCUGACGUGGGGUCUUUGCCGUUUUUGCAAACUAUGUUUGACACGCACCCAAUUGAUGUUUGCAAAGGAUACCCAGCAAUCACAGACAACUUGCAGUGGAACAAAGACAUUCCGUUAUACGUGGUGGGGAAAAACGCAGUGCUACAAGUGGGUCCCACCUCUGCCAACCUCGAUGGUGCCAGACUUGGUGCAGAGAGAAUUGGAUGGCAUUUACAAAAUAUGAAGUUGCAAGGUGAAUUUAACUGGUCACCAGUUAAAGUCGUCACAAAGAGUGACACUGCAGAACAGAUGAACACAUUUGAAAAACGCCUACAAUUAGCAGGUGGGCUGAUCAAUUGGUUUGAACUUCUUGAAUUCGAAAAAUAA